AAUAAAAAGCAUCCUGACAAUUUUUACCAAGUUAUAACUCUUCUGAAAAGAGAUUAUCUUUUAUUUAAUUUACAUUCUUCAUCUCUUGAAGGACAUUUUGAAACUAAAAGAACUAUUGAACAAGCAAUUUAA